AUGGAUCCAAGUGGAGCAAAACUCCACCUCAACAAGUUUGGACCCGUUCUGAAAAUAUCAUCAGAAACUGGUGUCCCGAGUGAUAGUAAAAGCGAGGAGUUGCCAAAACAAACUGACACUCCUACAUUCAACCAGUUAGGAAUUAAUGACAAUAUUUUUUCUGGGCAAGGGGCAGAAGUUAGCAAUGCUCAAGCUAUGUCCAUACAGGAUAUGCUAACAGCAUUAUUUGAAAAGUUUACUAUUAAAGAGCAGGAGCGUGAAAAACAACACGAGCUUAAAGAGCAGGAGCGUGAAAGACAGCGUCAGCAGGAAAAGGAAAAACGUAGACAGGAAAAGCUUAUAGGAAAACAGAUAAAUCAAGUGUUGGUCGAUCGUGAUAAUGCUAUUACUACCCAUUUUAAGCAGGAGGUCGAUGCAGUAAAAACCACUAUUGAAUCGUUAACAAACAUUCCAGUUGAAGUAGAUAGACUAGAGAACCAAUUCAAAGCCUUGGCUACCGCUAUGGAAAUAAUGCAGGAGGACAUUCCCUCGGAAAUCCGAAAGCAAGUCCGAACAGAAGUAGCCAGGGUGGUGAGCUCUGAAAAUCAAAACUUUGAAAAUCUGACAGUAUGCAGUAAUAACAACACUGACACCGAUCUGAAAGAAGUUCUGUCUGUAAUUGAUUCUCUGGAUCUAGUGCAAGAAGACGCCAGAAAAAAUUCUGACGUGAUCAGCAAUAAUAAUAGUCCUAACAGAAAAAAUUCAUGGAAUGGAAAUAAAGGAAAUAGGGGCGAAGGUAGUCCAAAGAAAAAUAAAAGUAAAGCUUAUAGUAACGGAAAAUACAAUAAUAAUAAUAGUAGUAGGAAUCCCUACAACCAAAAUUUUGGUUAUCCUAAUAAUAAUAACAGUAAUUAUCAAAAGGCCGAAGAACACCAGCAACCGAAUGGUAAUCAGAGGCCAUACCACAAUGAAAACCCAAACAAUAACAAUAGCAACCGAAAGAGACGAAAUGACAACAGGUCAGACAGUCCAUAUAAAGACAAGCCUAAAAAUAUUCGGGGUGACAGUGAAUAUUGGCGACAGCCAGGGCCAAGUCAUUGGCAGCCGCAGCAAAAUUCUAUCAAUUCAGGUCAGCCAAUAAAUUAUGUACAGGCUAUACCUAUACCAAGCAAUCAAUAUCCGCCGUGGUGGAAUCCAAGCAGGCCUCCUCCGACUGAAAACUCACAAAAUGUUAGAAUAGUGGAGGUACCUUCGGAAACAAAACAAAACACUCAGAAGCCAACAAACUAA